AUGGCUGAUUGGAUAUCUGCGAACAUCACAGACGGUUCAAGUGCGACUAUCCACAGUUCUAUGGCGUCAACAAAUGGAGACCGGCCGUCUAACGCGUCGCCGAAAUCUCUCAAAGAUACUCUCACCGAGGCAUUGCCCUCCACAUUCAAGUGCAAGACGCGUUAUGUCUAUACGCCUCCAAAGCCAUGUGAGCCGUUGUUCUCUGCUUUGCCUGGGAAAGAGGCAGAGAAAACGCGCCUGGCCAGCCAUUUCUUGACCGUCAGUGUCGAUGCCUCAUCUCUGCCUCAAGGAGGCAAUGGAGACGUAAUCAGCUUCGCAAUCGAGGUACUGCUCUACUCGACGACAUCUCUCACAACCCUCUUCGUCAGCAAAGUCGACUCUACAUCAUACAUCCCUCGCAUCAAGCCAUCACCUAUCAAGACGACCGUCACCGCUUUUCUGAAAUGGCUGGCUUCGAAAGAACUUCAGAAGCAUCCUGCACGCAAGAUUGUUGUUUCGCUGUUCGCAAGAGCCCAGGCCCAGUAUCUCUUUCCAGGCUCAUCGGAUGACAAUGGCAAACACGUACUGGAUGAUCGACAACUGAUUAAAUGGUGGGCACGUGUGCUCGAUCCCAUCAUCCCUACCGGAAACGGUGACCCGGUAGUACAGCAUCAAGCAUACAUCACAGUCCCAGGAUACGAAAAGAGCGAGCUGAGACAAUUUACGCCAUCUGGGUCAAACACUGGAGAGAAGCCGCGAUGGCUUCCAGGAAAUCCUCUUCUAGAACUGGCUCGCACUCGUGGUGUACCAGAGCAUGCUCCACCAAGAUGUCUUUUGCCUCGCUUUCCUGAUGACCCAAAAGCCAGAUUUAUUUCCGACCUCGACGAGGAGAUAGGCAUUUCCCAGGACGCAGAGGUCACUAUCAGUCCAUCAAAGCGUAAGAGCGGAACAUGGAAGUCGGUGACGGGCCUUGAUCAGUUCUGGGAGCAGAUGGAGUUUCGCCAAGAAUGCUCGUCUGGAAGAGUGGUCGGCUUCCUGUGGCUCGUCAUCUCGCAUAAGAAGCAGGAUGACGCGAGCUCAGAAGCUGCCAGCAUCGAACUUGCGAACAUUGACAGUCAAGACUCGUUGUCUUCUGUGCCUGUUCUGAGCAGUGAUACAGGAGCGCAGGAGGACACCAACCAAGCCAAUGGAAGUCCAAAAAAGAAGAAGAGAACCAGACUGACAGGUCCAAUCAUUCCACGUCUUCCAAAGGUCAAAUCUACAACAUCGAAUCUGUCAGAGAUGCUUUCACAGAUCGACGCGCAACCAGGCGACGGCAUUGCAAUCACGAAAGAUGGUUACGACAAAGCCAUGUCAGUGCUUCUCCAGCUGGACUUCUCGAGCCUCGAUAUUGCAUCUCAGUCAACCAGAAAGUGGACUGCACAGAUUCAGGGCAUAGCAGGCUUGACAGAGGACUUUGCCGUGGAAGUAAUCGGAAGCGUAGUCUCAGAAACAUCUGCCGCUGCCGCUACCCUCAACGGCGCGGCGCCAAUCAACGACUUGGGUGGUUUAGUGAAGAAGAAAAAGAGAAAGGUCGAUGAGACUGGGCCAGAGAAUAUGAAAGCAAGCGACGUUGAAGCAGGAGCGAAUGAGCAGCCUGCAGUCAAUGUUUUGAGCAGCGGCAUGAUCAGGAAGAAACCGAAACCCGAAGCGUCCUGA